GUAAUAAUCCAUUCUUCAGGGAGUGGAAAAUAAAUAGAGCUCACCGAAUGAGGAGAACAAUAAUCACUACAUGAUCACUUUGGUUUUAUUAUUUGGAGUCGCUUCCAUCCAAAGGUUAGGGCACAAAGGACAUCUGGAUAGCCAUGGAUCUGUGCAAUAAAUUGCUUUUGAUGUGUUGUCUUUCAAUUGCGCUUUCCUUGGCUCUACACAUUUUUACCAGUCCAUCAACCACCCACAAGGCAAUGGAAACAACCGGGCACAAAACAACACGAAACAACAAAAAAGCCACAGCACAACAGGAAAACAAUAUUUCUAACUCAUAUAAUAAUUCAUCUGUUAAUGCCAACAUAAAUACUUCAAAUAACAGCUCAACAAUUCCAAACAGGCAUAACAGUACAAACAGCACAGUUUCUGACAGCACACAGCCCAACUCAACAGUACCAGGCCCAACAGCAGAGAUUACAACACAUCAGAUAAAUCUAACUGCCACCCAAACAAACUUUGCAACACAAUCUGUUGCUGAUUCCACAAGAGCAGCAGUCUCAACAACACUCAGACCUCCAGUAUCCGCUGUGCAUGGCAGUAAUGAAAGCACAUCCAAGUCCACUCCUGCAUACUUCACCACAGGAACAGCUCUUGGGAACAAAUCAAACAAUGAAACUGCUGCAGGUGCUGGUCUGAAUCAUUCAGAAGCGUCCCUGACCAUUUUGUUCAGUGUAGUGCUCGGUGUGAUAGUUCUAAUAAUUCUGGGGCUGUCUGUCUACAAAAUGACCAAGAGCAAAUGCACUCAGUAUUCUCACCAUCCUCUUCAUAAUGAAGAUACAGGUGGGCAGUUUACGGUAACAGAUGACACCCUAGUGACUUCAGGAGGGCUCUGUGACGGACCUCAGAUCUACAACUCCACAAUAACUGCGCUGAAUGAAGACCAGACGUUUACCUACACACCGACUCAAUUCAGACUGGAGUUCUUGCAUGAGGACUCAGCAACAGACCAUAUACACGAGGCUACCACCUUUAAAACUUUCAACACCACUGACAAACAGCCUUAGUAAAUCAGUCUUGCACGUUAAAACUUGAAUUUUUUUUUUAUUUCAUGGAAAGAAUAAUAGGUGAAACAACAGUAUGGAACAGUAACAACAAAUAAUACAUAAAAAUUGAACACAACAUUUAAAUCUUUUACAAAUGAUCAAACAAAUUAGGGAUAAUGUACCUUGAAAAAA